UAUUUCUCAUUUAUUGGAUUUUCUUUUAAAAUAAAGCUCUAAAAAUAAUAAAUAACGAUACGUGUAAAUUUACUCAAUUAAUAAGUUAUUAAUCUCUCUGUUUCCCAAUGAUUAUAUAAACAGCUAUUCAUCAGCAUUGUGUUAAUUGAAUAUGUGUAUUUACGAUAAGCUUAUCUCCACUACCAAUCGUUUGCCGACGCCGGAUUAUUAGUGUUCUGUAGUUUGCCGGCUCGCAAGGUGUAGACGUGUUCUGUGUUGUUUCAGUAGUAUUAAAAAAUAGUUUAAAAAUGUCCGGCGAAGGCUCCAGUUCUAAUGGUAACUCGAAAAUAGCGUUGAUUACCGGCAUCACCGGCCAAGAUGGCUCAUACCUUGCAGAGCUUCUUAUCGAGAAGGGGUACGAAGUGCAUGGGAUCCUCCGCCGCUCCUCCUCCUUCAACACCGGCCGCAUCCAGCAUUUGUAUGGGCAGCCAGCCCUCCACACAGGGGGACGAAUGCACCUACACUACGGAGACUUGACUGACACCACUUGCCUUAUUAGUAUAAUCACUAAGACCAAGCCAAAGGAGAUAUACAACCUAGGAGCCCAAUCUCAUGUUAAAGUGUCAUUUGAAUUAAGUGAAUACACAGCCCAGGUGGAUGCUUUGGGCACUCUAAGGUUAUUGGAGGCAGUGAGAGCAGCAGGGCUAGAGAAAGAGACGAAAAUAUACCAAGCUUCAACAUCAGAGCUCUAUGGAAAAGUCAUGGAAGUGCCACAGAAUGAGAAAACACCAUUUUACCCUAGAUCACCAUAUGCUUGCGCAAAACUCUACGGUUAUUGGAUAGUAGUGAACUACCGGGAGGCCUACGGCAUGUUUGCCUGCAAUGGUCUCCUGUUCAACCACGAGAGUCCUCGACGAGGCGAGAACUUCGUCACUAGGAAGAUUACCAGGGGAGUCGCCAAGAUCACGCUGGGUUUGAUGCAGUACUUGGAACUGGGUAAUUUGGACAGCAAGAGAGACUGGGGACACGCUAAGGAUUAUGUUGAGGCAAUGUGGCUAAUGCUACAACAAGAGGAACCAGAAGAUUUCGUAGUGGCGAUGGGUGAAGCGCACAGCGUCCGCGAGUUUGUAGAGAAAGCGUUCGCGUGUGUGGACCGACGCGUCGUGUGGCGCGGGACUGGCGUGGAUGAGACGGGACAUGACGCGGAGACUGACCAGCUGCUUGUCAAGGUUAACCCGAAGUUCUUCAGGCCUACGGAAGUGGACCUCCUCCUCGGCGACCCGUCGAAAGCGAAGCAGAAGCUGGGCUGGGCGCCGCGCGUGUCCUUCGAGCAGCUGGUGCGCGACAUGGUGACGGCCGACCUGGCGCUCAUGCGGCGCGACCCCGAGGCGUAGGUCAUACAGAUGCAAAAGGAUGUUUGCAAACAGAGUCGACGUAGAUGACGUCAUACACAGCGUGGAGCGCAAUGCACGGAGUAUUUUUUAAGCAAUUAGUGUAAUGUUGAACGAGCCGAAUGUAGGUUGAUGAAAUGUGUGCAAUACCAGUGCGAUAUAGACCGAACAUUUUUGUAAACUGAUCGAAUGUUCAAAGUUAAGUAUUUAUUAACAUAACAGCUUUUAUAAAAACUAUUUAUGUACUUAUCCUAUAAAUAUUAUUGAUUCAUGAUUUCUCUAUUUUAAUUUUGUUACAUUAAUGCAAUGCUAAGUGCAAUAGGAUUGAUUAAAAUUUCUAAUGUUAAACGUCGUGACGUGUCACGGUGUCUAAUUUUUGUGCUGAGAGAAAUAUAAAUUAACGCACAAGUUUAUGUUUAAGAUAUUUUUGUGCCAUUUAUGAAUUUUGUUCCACUUUGUAUACAAUCUAUUUAAAGAUUUCCACUUAAUUACACUUGGAAUCCGAAUUAACUUUUAAUUAUGAAGUAAACUAAAAUAAUUAAGCUUAAAUGUAAGCUAUUUGCUCUAAAUAGCUGUAUCUUGGCUGCCACGUAUAUUUAGCUUAUUGUUUUCAAUUGUAAAAAUGUAUAUUUAAAAUAUGCAGAUAUGGCAGUAAAAUCUGGGUAAACGUAUAGUAACGUAGUAAAUCCGGCAAGAACGACCGGCUUCCCUUUAUGUAAUCAAACCCGCGUGGCUUGCAAUGUGAUUGGUACGGUCAGCAAAA